AUGGCUCAGUACGGUCAAAUCUUCGCCGUCCCUCCAAUCGCCAACAGCGAAGCAUUCCAAGCCACAUUCACCAUCGCACAGCAACGAGACCGUGACUUCCUGAGUUUCCAGCUGCAGCAAUCGUUCAACACUGCCGUCCGGCAUGAUGCCACCUUCGAGCGGUUGACCGGCACCCCGUUCUGGAGAGUCUGCAUUAGGGUGGUGAAGCUCGCGCAUUCCAAGGACUAUCACCACGAGUCAGCCAUUGCCUUGCCUCCUGCUGGCACGAGGAUGGAACUCACGAGGCGGACCUUAGACGGAAUGCUAAUUAGGUGCGACGGCUUCGUAUCAAGUGUCUCUGGGUCGCACGACCUUGUCGUGAUCGCCGAUUCCCCUUAUAAGCUGAUAUUCAACUGCAAUGGAUUUAAAAAAGUCAACAUUAAGCUCGUACAUCCGGACUUCCUGACCAACGACUGGAUUGCUAUGGUGCAGGCGCUCAUUAACAACGAGUACAAGCCUCGUUUCCCAAGUGGAGUCCGCCUCAAAUCGUACUUCUUCGGGAAUUACCCAGAGCGCUCCAGCUUAGAUCUCUUCGAGCAUUUCCAGAGCGCUUACAUUCCGCGUGAAGAGGAAGAAGAUUUGAUGACCACGGAGGUCGUCAACCUCCCCGACGACCUCAUGAGAUACUUUCGUAACACCCUCGACAAAAAUCAACUACGCGCUGUCGAAAAAUCAACCUCAGACAUCCGCAACGGGGAUGCGAUAGUGCGCUCGCUCGCCGGCCAUAUUAGAGCCUUCUACCAACAAAAUGAGACCGAUCCAGACGUGCAGAAAUACCUCCGCUUGCAUCAGAAGCUGAAAUACAGCGCCACCGAGCGUGCCGACCUCCACGACUUGUUCGAUUCACUCGCCAGUCGGAUAUUAUCCAACAAAAUCGACAUCGUCUUCACAACCGGCGGCCUGACCAGCAAUAAGCUCCUACGAACCGCGUUCGCUACAGAUGUCCUGGUAGUGGACGAGGCCGCCCUCAUAAGCGUCGCUAAGUUCACCACUUAUCUGACGGAUGAGAAAACACUCUCGGCGGUCUGUCUCGUCGCCGACCCUCAUCAACGUCGGCCGAUGUCGUUGUCGGUAUCUGCAAAGGCCACCGAGUUUGAAGGAGGCAUGAUCAUGUCCAUCUUCUAG